AUGGCGGUUACCUGCCAGGUCAAUGGCCGACAUUCUGGACGUUUCGGCCAGAUCCUAGGCUGGGCCGGUUUGAUCAAGGUUGAUGGCAAAACUCUCGUUUGGAUGGGCGCACCGAGCGGCUACAGCAACCUGAUCAACCAGACUUCGUUUGAAUACACAUCAACCAAAAGCAUAUUCACCUUCAAUGCUUAUAACAAAGUCAAAUUGCAGGUUACCUUUCUCUCACCACUUACUCCGAAUGAUUUGAAGCGUCAAUCGCUCCUCUUCUCUUACAUUAACGUGGAAGUCACCUCGCUAGAUAACUUGGAGCAUAAUGUCCAGGUCUAUACCGAUAUUAGUGCUGAAUGGACUUCAGGCGAUAAUAACAACAUAGCCCAGUGGAAUUUUGGCACCACAUCAGACGGCAUCUCUUACCACAAGGUGUGGAAGCAGAACCAGCAGCUUUUCAGUGAGGCCAACGACCAUGCGGAAUGGGGAAACUGGUACUACGCCACCAAAUCAGUAGACGGCCUGACCUACAAGUCUGGGGCUGACUCUGACGUCCGCGGUGCUUUCGAUCGUUCUGGAAAGCUUGAUAAUUCAAAAGACACUCAGUUUCGCGCAAUCAACUCUCAAUGGCCUGUUUUUGGAUACGCCGUGGAUAUGGGCUCAGUAGGCACCCAAGGAAAGAGCCAGCUGUUUACGAUCGGCUUGUGCCAAGACUUGGCCAUUCAGUUCCUCGGCGCUAAUGGGCUCACUCUUCUGCCUUCGUUGUGGAAGAGCUAUUUCGCAGAUGAUCUCUCUGCAUUGUCAUUCUUUUACAACGACUAUGCCGACUCAGGCAAGCUAUCUACCCAGCUUGACAAUCAGAUCUCAACUGACUCAAAGGCGGUUGGCGGAAACAAUUACGCCAUUUUGACUACUCUGGCAGCCCGCCAGGCAUUCGGAGCCACGCAGCUCGUUGGCACACAAGAAAAGCACUACCUGUUCCUCAAGGAGAUUUCAUCCAACGGUAACACACAGACGGUAGAUGUCAUUUAUCCUGCCUCGCCCAUUUUCUGCUACACCAACCCAGAGCUGCUCAAGUUGAUGCUCGAUCCUCAUUUUGAAAACCAAGAGAGUGGCCACUAUCCGAACAAAUGGGCCAUUCACGAUCUGGGCACCCAUUACCCGAACGCUACCGGCCAUGCUGACGGUAAAGAUGAACCCAUGCCGCUGGAAGAGUGCGGUAACCAAAUCAUCAUGGUAUUGGCGUACGUGCAGCGAUCUGGAAACACCGAUUACAUCAAACAGCAUUACAAGAUUCUCAAGCAGUGGGUAGAGUACCUUGUAGAAGACAGCCUUUACCCAGCCGAGCAGCUUUCAACAGACGACUUCGCCGGCCAUCUCGUCAACCAAACCAACCUCGCGCUCAAAGGCAUCAUCGGCAUCGAAGCCAUGUCACGCAUGUCGGACAUGAUUGGCGAGAGCGCCGAUGCCAAAAACUACACAUCAAUUGCCCACAACUAUAUCGCAAAAUGGGUAGACCUCGGCGUGAACAAAGCCGCCAACCCGCCCCACGCCAUCCUCAAUUACAACAACGCCAGUAGCCAUGGCCUCCUUUACAAUCUCUACAACGACCGUCUUCUCUCGCUCAAACUUGUCCCAGAUGACGUCUACACCAUUCAAUCCGCCUUUUACCCCACCAUUGAGCAAAAAUACGGUGUCCCCCUCGACACGCGCAAUCCCUACUACACCAAAUCCGACUGGGAGGUCUUUUGCGCCAGCAUCGCGAGCAACACCACGCGCGAGAUGUUUCUCGAUGACCUGGCCACAUGGGUGGGGCAGACACCGACGAGCAAGCCGUUUACGGAUUUGUAUGAGACCAACGAUGGGACGGGCACUCCUGGCAUUGAUUUCAAGGCAAGACCGGUCAUGGGUGGCAUGUUUGCGCUGUUAUUGGUCGAAGGGAAAGGAUAUACUGCGCCACAGGGCGCGGCAUGA